CUACUGCUAUCACUCUUACAAUAAAGCUGAAUCGUUAUUUUAUCAGCAUCGCCAGCGCCCCCAUCUACACCUUCGUAAAAACAUCAGCGCGUUCUUGCCCACUGUCAAAUCUGUCCGGGCAAACCUCCAUAAUCUGUAUGCCAGCGCAACCACUUCUUCCGAAGCUUGCCGCCCCUUUACUUCAAGACUGCUAGCUACGGCCACUACCCCGCAACGAAAAUACGCUAUGUUCAAGCUCGCCUUGGUCGUGCUACUGUGCUCGGUCUUUGUCGCAUCGAAGAUGGACAACUUUUUCGAAGGCUGCGUCGAGAAACCGGAAGAGGAACAAAAGCCUGGUGACUGCAUCAUCGCGCCCCACAGGUGGCUUACCUCGAACACGUACCGACGCUUUGCGCACAAAGCCCUGGAGAACAGCACUAUUCAACCGGAUGAGGGAAAUCUGAACACGCUUCUUGAACUGACUCGUGCAGCAGCUCAGCUGUCCCAUGGUAUUAUCAUCAGAGUCGAGUUCACGACCGUCGAGAGCACCUGCAACAGCUCGGUCGCCUACUCCGCGAAGCAGUGCCUACCAAUUGGAAGCGCGGCCAAUGGUCACUGUCAGGCUAGGUUUCGGUUCUAUGGUCAUCUGAGGCUUCAGCAUGCCUGGUGUGGUCCACUGAACGAAGACUAAUCACUGGCAGCUUUUACAUGACAUGACAAGCACUCAAGCGCAUCAUCGCCUCAAAUGUAGGCACUCAAUAAAGUUCAUAAUCGCUAUUCCGUGUCGUGUCCAUCCAAGCUCUCAACAAUCACGUUUGCGGCUACCCUUGACCCUAAAUGGCUCUAUGGAACCCCCCUAACGGCUGGCAUUGUUGAGAAGUUCACGCACAACAGUUCGCAUCUUUCAACUAGGCAGUUAACUUCAGUU